AUGAGAGAUUUUGAUCUUAUGGAAUACGUAAUCAAGAAGAUCAUACUUUCACGUUCUGACAAGAAUUGUAAUAUAUCAAAGGUUAUAUCUGAAGAUCAAGUUCAAAAUGUUCUUGAUAAGGCGUAUUCUGUCCUUGCAGAUGAGCCUGUUCUAUUAGAUGUUGCAGCAAAUAUUCAUGUCGUUGGAGAUUUACACGGUAACAUUGACGACUUACUUCGAAUCUUUGAAUUACUAGGCUAUCCACCAAAAGAAAGAUAUAUAUUCUUAGGGGAUUAUGUCGAUCGAGGGACAAACAGCUUUGAGGUAAUGACGUUACUAUUUGCUUUUAAAGUUAAGUUCCCUUCAAAUAUUUAUCUUCUUCGUGGCAAUCAUGAAAUUGAACAUGUAUCAAAAUGUUAUGGUUUCUUGGAUGAAAUCAUUAGUAAGUAUUCAACUGCCUUGUUUUAUAAUUUCCAAAAAGUAUUCCAACAAUUACCCAUAAUUGGAAUUGUGGGAAAAAGGAUAUUAUGUGUUCAUGGUGGCAUUGGACCAUCAAUGAAAGACGUUUCGGAUUUCAGAAAGAGACUUAAACCAGAUGAAAUCACAGAGACAUCAAUUUUUGCUGAUAUAGUCUGGAGCGAUCCAAGAAAUAUGAGCAAUGAAUUCGAAAGGAAUCCACGAGGCUGCGGUUGGACUUUUAAUGUACAAGCUACUCGAAAAUUCUUAAUAAAGAAUGAUCUCGAUCUGAUUCUUAGAUCUCAUGAGUCUUACGAUGGAUACAGUUUUCCAUUCCCAACAGAUGAAUGCAUUACCGUAUUCAGCAACACAGAUUACUGUGAUAAGAAAAAUGGAGGUGCGAUAAUUAAUGUCUCAAAUAAUCUUAAUGUAACAGUUACCCGAUUUUCAUUAAUGUCUCCAGAAGAAAAGUCAAAAUGGAGACCAGUAUUACCCCCAUGGCUUAUUGAAAAAUUAAAUUCAAAAUCAGAAGAAACAGAUGAGCCAAAAUCCGAAAUUGAUCUAGUUCACGAUCAUGCUAGUGAUUGUGAAAGUAAAUCUAUUGAAAAUACCUCUUCAAAAGAUGCCCUUCUAUUAUGUAGCUAA